AUGUCACGAAUUAUAAACAAGAAUUUCUACACGAUCGUCAAGAGUGCUCCAAAAGGACGUUUCAUUGGAAUUGAACGGAACUAUAAGGUUGAAGAUGUUCUCAAGCUACAAGGAUCUAUAGAAAUUGAAUACACACUAGCGAGUAGAGGAGCUAAUAAGUUAUGGCAACUGUUGCACACAGAACCUUUCAUUGCUGCACUCGGAGCUCAAACUGGAAAUCAAGCAGUACAGAUGGUCCGCGCUGGUUGGCAAGUUGCUGCUGAUGCCAAUGUGGCUGGCGAUAUGUAUCCAGAUCAAUCUCUCUACCCAGCAAAUUCUGGGCCUGAGCUUGCCAGAAAGAUCAACAAAGCUUUACGUCGCGCAGAUCAAAUAGAAGCUGUUGAGUCUGAAGAUUUUCGGUCAUCCAGAGAUUGGUACGUGCCAAUUGUAGCAGACGCUGAAGCUGGAUUUGGUGGAUCACUAAACUGUUUUGAGAUAAUGAAAGCAUACAUUGAAGCUGGUGCUGCCGGUGUUCACUUCGAAGACCAGCUAGGUAGUGAAAAGAAGUGUGGGCAUAUGGGGGGAAAAGUUCUCAUACCUACAGAAGAACACAUAAGACACCUGAACGCAGCGAGACUUUCUGCUGACGUCUGUGGAGUUCCAACAAUUAUAGUUGCGCGGACAGACGCAGAAAGUGCUCGUCUAAUUACCAAUGACAUUGACGAAAGAGACAAGGAGUUUAUUGACUAUGAAGCUGGCCGUACUGUUGAAGGCUUUUACAGAUUGAAAGAAGCGACCGGUCUUCAACAUUCCAUAAAACGCGCAAUAAGCUAUGCACCAUACUGUGACCUCAUUUGGAUGGAAACCUCACAUCCGACUCUUAGUGACGCGAAGGAAUUUGCGGAAGGCGUUAGGAAAAAGUGCCCAAACAAACUCUUUGCCUACAACUGCUCACCGUCGUUCAAUUGGCGUAAACAUCUAAGGGUUUCUGAUAUGGAGAAGUUCCAGAAAGAACUUGGUGCUAUGGGUUACAAAUUUCAAUUUAUCACACUAGCUGGUUUCCAUUGUAAUAGUUUCAGCGUGUACGGGUAUUCUGCGGUGAAACAUCAACGCGAAGUCGGUACUGGCUACUUUGACAGCAUAGCGAAUGCAGUAUCUGGAGGAUUAACUUCAACAGCCGCACUUACUGGAUCUACUGAAGAAGCCCAAUUUUCAGAUUCCGAAAAGGAAGUUAGAGCCAGCAUAGAUAGGCAAACGGAAGAAGAUGAAAUACUUGUGAUGACAGCACCAGAAGUCGAACGAGAUGAAAAAAUUCUAACUCCCGACGCGUUGAGAUUCCUUAAAGAGCUGCAUCAGAAAUUCGACAAACGCAGGCUGCAACUGCUAGCAAAAAGAAAGCAGGUCCAGAGCAUGCUGGAUGACGGAGCCUUAUUCCCAGACUUUGUAGAGUCGAGUCGUCAGUUGCGUGAUGACAGAAGUUGGACAGGAGCUAAGAUACCCGAAGACAUGCUGGAUCGUCGCGUUGAAAUUACUGGGCCAACUGAUCGCAAAAUGGUGAUCAAUGCUCUCAACAGCGGGGCAAAAGUGUUUAUGGCAGAUUUUGAGGACGCAAACACACCGUCGUGGAGGAAUCAAUUGGAGGGUCAGAUGAACCUGUAUGAUGCAGUGAGAGAAGAAAUUUCUUAUAAAAAUGAGGCUACUCGGAAGCUUUACACAUUGAAUAAGGAACACGCAGUAUUGAAUGUCCGGCCAAGAGGAUGGCAUCUUCCGGAGAAGCAUAUUCUUAUUAAUGGUCGACCAAUGAGUGGUUCUCUGUUCGAUUUCGGUUUAUUCCUGUUUCAUAAUGCUCGGACACUACUCGAUAAAGGCUCUGGACCUUACUUCUAUUUACCGAAAUUACAGAAUGCUGAAGAGGCUAAGUUGUGGUCAGAUGUCUUCAAGUUUGCAGAAGAGCGAGUUGGCAUUCCACAUGGCUCCAUCAAAUGCACAGUUCUGAUAGAGCAUCUGCUUGCAGCAUUCCAGAUGGAUGAAAUAAUUCAUGCUUUGUCUGAUUACAUUAUUGGAUUGAAUUGUGGUCGAUGGGACUAUAUAUUUUCAUAUAUCAAAGUUUUCCGAAACCAUCGCAAAUAUUUACUGCCGGAUAGGUUCCAAAUAGCAAUGACAGCACCAUUUCUUCGAGCUUAUACACUACAGUGUAUCCAGGUUUGUCACAAACGUAAAAUAGCAGCCAUGGGCGGAAUGGCAGCACAAAUCCCAAUCAAGAAUGACCAGUCCGCCAACGCGAAAGCCUUGAAUUUUGUCCAAAAAGACAAAGAGAGAGAAUCUACUGAUGGACACGAUGGAACGUGGGUAGCUCACCCAGAUUUGGUAGCAGUCGCAAAAGAAGUGUUUGACAGAAUCAUGCCAGAGAAGAACCAAAUAUCAAAAGAACUUUCGUCGUUCUCAGUAACUAAUCAAGAUCUGACCGUUGUACCUGAAGGUACCAGAACAGAUGCCGGCUUCCGCCGUAAUGUUUCGGUGGCAAUUGGCUACCUCGAUUCUUGGCUACGUGGCGUUGGCUGCGUUCCUCUCUACAAUUUAAUGGAAGAUGCGGCAACAGCAGAAAUAUCAAGAGCGCAACUUUGGCAGUGGCUUCAUCAUGAAGCAAAACUUGAAGAUGGCCGAGUUAUUGACGUCAAUCUGAUGAAGCAAACAAUUGCUGCUGAAACAGAGAGCCGUUUAAUCCGUGCUGGGUCAGUUGUCAAUCGGCUUCCGGAGGCUGCAGAGCUGCUCGAACACUUUGCCACCGAAUCUGAGUUGUCUGACUUCCUCACGCUUGACGCUUAUGACAGACUGGUUUCUGAAGGAAUGUGA